AUGAAGUAUAUCCAGUCGCAGGAGCUCCUUGAAAUCCCCGAGGGGGUCAACAUCAAGUCUAGGCUUGUCUCUGUCGAGGGUCCCCGAGGAAAGCUUUCCAAGGACUUGAGCCACAUCGCGGUCUCCUUCACCAAGCCCAAGCCCAACACCCUCGCCAUUCUUAUCCACCACGGCUCCAGGAAAAAUGUUGCCGCUCUCCGAACCGUGAGGACGCUCCUUAACAACCUCAUCAUCGGUGUCACCAAGGGCUACCUCUACAAGCUCCGAUACGUCUACGCCCAUUUCCCCAUCAACAUCAACCUCGAGAAGGACAAGGAGACUGGCUGCACCGAAGUGGAGAUCAGGAACUUCAUUGGCGAGAAAAUCGUCCGCCGGGUGAUCAUGCGCCCUGGCGUCGAUGUCGAAGUUUCCAAGGCUCAGAAGGAUGAGCUUAUCCUUAGCGGCAACUCCGUUGAGGAUGUCUCCCAAAGCGCGGCGGAUAUCCAGCAGAGCUGCAAGGUUCGAAACAAGGAUAUCCGAAAGUUCCUUGACGGUAUCUACGUGUCGGAGAAGAGCAAUAUCGUUACUGAGUAA